AUGCCAAAGUGGGAGAAAACCGACAAUACCGUGUUAACGACAAAGCAAACUGCAAUAAAUAACAGCUGUACAUACAACAUGCCUCAUCAGAAUAACACCAUCGUGGAAUUCAAUGGAAUUCAUAACAUAAUGGAUGUCAACAGAUUCAGUAACUACAGGAAGUUGCUACGAUUCACAGCAUACGUUAUGCGAUUCAUUGACAAGUGCAGAUCACCAAGAUGCUCAGCCAACCUUGAACUACUCACCGUUCACGAAUUACAGCACGCGGAAAUAAUGUGGAUCAGAAGCUGUCAGAGUGUAACAUUCCAUAAUGAAAUAGAUAAUAUGGACUCCAAAGGGACUCGAUUACCUUUAGUCAGACAGCUACGACUAUUCAAAGAUGACACAGGAAUUAUUCGAAGUGGCGGGAGAAUCCAUAAUGCACCACUCGAUAUGUUGACCAAAUUUCCCUAUCUUCUUCCGGCUAAACACCCCUUCACACGACUACUCAUUCAAGAUGCACAUGAGAGUCAACUACAUGCUGGGAUUAGUGCUACCAUCACCCACUUACGUCAGAAAUUCUGGAUACCAGCGAUCCGCCAGGCUGUGCAUUGCGUAAUCCGGAAGUGUGUUACAUGCCGCAAGGUUACCGGGAAACAGUACACAGCACCUGAGCCACCACUGCUACCAAAGAAUAGAGUAGAAGACACACCGCCAUUCACUGUCACAGGAGUUGAUUUCACUGGGGCAUUGUAUGUAAGAAAAUACGACGGAAGUAAGUCAAAAGCUUAUGUUUGUCUUUUCAUGUGUGCUUCUACUAGGGCUGUCCACCUUGAAUUAGUACAUGAUCUAUCAGAGGAAUCCUUCAUGGCGGCAUUUAGACGAUUCACCAGCCGGAAGUCACUCCCACGUAUCAUGAUUUCAGACAACGCCACGACGUUCAACGCUGCGGCACGCAAUAUAAGAGAGCUGACGCAAUCCAGAACUGUUCGUGAAACCCUCAACAACGGAGGAACUGAGUGGAGAUUCAUACCUAAACGAGCUCCAUGGUUUGGUGGUUGGUGGGAACAGCUAAUUGGACUUACUAAAACCACCAUAAAGAAAGUUCUAGGUCGUUCAUUUGUCACCUUCCAGACACUAUAA